CGCGGGCGCAACGGCCACGCACGGCUUUCACGACGGCCGGAAAGUAGCGGCCGCCGGCCGAACGGGGCCACGAUGGGGAAAAUCGCGCUGCAGCUCAGAGCCACGCUGGAGAACGUCACCGGCCUGCGGCCUGUGGGCGAGGACUUCCGGUGGUACCUCAAGAUGAAAUGUGGAAACUGUGCUGAGGUCUCAGAGAAGUGGCAAUACAUCCGACUCAUGGACAGUGUGGCACUUAAAGGAGGCCGAGGCAGUGCUUCCAUGGUCCAGAAGUGCAAGCUGUGUGCCCGGGAAAACUCUAUUGAGAUUUUGAGCAGCACCAUCAAGUCUUACAACGCUGAGGACAGCGAGAAGUUCAAGACGAUAGUGGAGUUUGAGUGCCGGGGUCUCGAACCAGUGGAUUUCCAGCCGCAGGCUGGGUUUGCUGCCGAGGGAGUGGAGUCGGGGACAAGCUUCAGUGACAUUAACCUGCAGGAAAAGGACUGGACGGACUAUGAUGAGAAGGCUCAGGAGUCGGUGGGAAUCUACGAGGUCACACACCAGUUUGUGAAGUGCUGAGCCCUCUCUGCGCCUUCACCAGAGGACCUCAAGUGGACAGCGUGCCCCAGGCAGCCGGCCAUUGAGACUGGUCCCCUCGCAGGUGUCCCAAGUAUGCAGCUGCAUCUAAGGGCUUGGCAGCACUGGGUACAGCAUGGCCUUGUGGGACAGAGCUGUCAGCCCAGCAGCCUGGGCCCAGGAUCCAGGAUCCAUUGUGUAGUGUCACUUCAGAACCUGGUCCUGGCAUGAGCCGGCUCUGCAGCAUUCUAGCCGGACUAUCACCGGUCUCUGCUCACCUGCUGAGAUGGGUACCUUGCCCCCCUCCAGAGCCAGGGUGAAAGCCAGGCCCUGUGCUCCCCUUUGCUCCUGCUGGGCCUGCCUUGUCCUCCUGUGGUCACACUUAGCGUUUAAUUUGUAACGGUGUUGUUACAGAUCGCUGUUUUUAUUGCCGGCUCAUUGGUAAGUGGUGCUGGGGCAAUUGUUUCAUGUUGUGGAAUAAAAGAUGGUGUUCCUUCUUGA